UACAGACUUCUUUAUGAACUGAUAUAUGUUGCUCAUUACAGUAUUCUUUAUGAAUUGAUGUGUGUUCCUCAGCACACUAUUCUAUAUGAAAUGACAGUCACUCACUCAGCAGUGUAUUCUUUAUGAAUUUAUGUAUAUCGCUCAUUACUGUAUUCUAUAUUUAUGAAUGAGUGUUUAAUGAAAAUUUUAGUAUAAAUAUGUAACUCGUAGCUUUGUUUUGAACAGAUGUGACCCGUGAGUGGGUGCCAGUGAUGAAGGUAGAAAUGAAGAUGUAAGUGCCAAAAAAAAGGAAACAGUUAAAAAGGAAGAGGUGGAUCGGAGGAAGGGCAGGGGCUCCGUUCUACGCUUGCCGCCACUCAUGACUGGAGGGGAGGAAAACCGGCACCGCCCCACCGGCAAGACCAGUCUCAUGGUGGCCUGCGAGCAAGGUAGAACACUCGAAGUCAAGAUCAUCCUCCAGAAAAAGCCUCUUGCCGUUGCGAGCCGUGAUCGCAAUGGCAAGACGGCUCUGCACUACUGUGCCGAGUCCGGCAGUCUUCCGUGUGCACAACUGGUGGUGGCAGCUGACCCUAACCUCCUCCACGUCCAAGACAACGACGGAUUCACGCCCCUCCAUCUCUCCAUCAUUGCCGGAAACAGAUCCGUGGCCAAACUCUUCCUCAAGUACGGAGCGGACCCGGACCGUGUGGACAAAGAAAGACAUUCCACAGUACACUGGGCUUCCGUGUGUGGAGAUAUUGAGAGCUUAGAGUUGCUGCUGAACAAUGGUGCGAAUCCCUCUUUACCGGACAUCCUGGGUGCCUAUCCUAUCCACUAUGCUGCACAAAUGUGUGGAACACACAGUCUCAAUGGUAAAGAUCCCGAGACAGGCAUCAACACGCUCAAGAAACUGGUACAGAGGGGGGCAUCGGUACAGUGCAGGGACAGGGAUGGAAGAGAACCAUUACUGUGGACUGCCAGCUCAGGAAGCAACGAAGCUGUACUCAUAUUAUUUACUGCUGGUGCCAAUAUUGAAACAACUGAUAAAGAUGGACUAACUGCGUUACAUUGUGCUGCUAGCAGAGGUCACACGUCCUGCGUUGAAACACUGGUGACACUAUGUGGCGCUCGAGUCAAUGCUGGUGACACAAUCGGAUGUUCUCCGUUGUUUUACGCAGCCGCUCAAGGUCACGCUGACAGUAUGCAGGUACUCCUUAAGUAUUCAGCCGAUCCAAAUCUGCAGGACAAUAAAGGAAGAACACCAGCGCAUUGUGCCGCGGCCAAGGGUCAGUUGGAAAUCAUGAAGAUUCUGGACAGUAACGGGGCCGAUCUCUGGAUAAGAAACAGUAGGGGGAAUCUACCGCUUCAUGAAGCUGUCCAAUCAGGAAGAAAAGAUCUCGUCCAGUGGCUCCUUCAACAGUGUCCGAAAGCUGUGAAUGCAACAAACAUCAACGGUCGGACUCCCCUUCACUUAGCUUCCCAAAAGAAUAACGUAGAAAUGUGUGAAGUCCUAAUUGACUAUGGUGCACACAUAAAUCCAUUGAUGGUCAACGCAAAGGGUUUUCUGAUGAGCCCUCUAGAUGUCUCAGUCUACCAAGGGAAUCAGAGAUGUGCCAAGUACUUACAACUUCAUGGAGCGGUACCUGCCACAAAAGUACUCGAAAAUAAUGAAAUAAAUAGGUAA